UAUUCUCGUGCUAUACCAUGUCGUCAAAGCAGCUGUCAAAGAAAAAACUGGCUGGAACUCCGACACAGCCAACUCCUUCCAAAAAGGUCAAAAUUCCCAAACAGUUUAUAGUGCGACCUAACUCUAACAGUUCCACGAAAUCAUUAUCGAGAGCAUACUUGAAUUCUGAGAUUUUCCAAGCGUUAGAGUUUACCAAUGGGACUCUUUUGUUUGUUUCCCGAGCAGAUAGUGGUGCCCCGGGAGUUUUGGUAUCAGUUUACUAUGACGAUACUAUCCUAGACAAGAAUAUCAUUACUGUUUCUAGUAACAUGAGAAACUUGGGAGGGUUGCUCUUGGGAGACCGUGUGCAAUUCUCGAGAUAUUUGCAGCAACCGGAGUAUGCUAAAUCGGUUUCGCUAGCCAUAGAAGGGUUCAACGAAGAUCUGUUUUCUGACGAAACGAUAAAUUAUAUUCGCAAAACUCUUGACGAGACUGGAAUCAUCUUUCCAGGAUUGAAGAUAUCCAUCAGCCUACCACAAGAAGGUUCCGAAGAAAAGACAACACAAUUGCUGAUUGUAGAUAUCAACAGAGGUGAAGAUUUGGAAAAGGCUCUUCUGAAGUUGCAAAUUUCUGCAGAUGAUAUAGAUGAUGAAAAUGAUGAUGAUUGCUUCUCUCAGGUAGGAACUGUUUCGCCAGCAUUUUUGUUUCAAAGAAGCAAAACUAGUGUUAUUAAAAGUGUAGAAGACCAGCCUUCACGUUCCAAAUAUCCUAAUUUGCCGGUACAGAUUGGCUAUGCCAACAUUGGUGGUCUUUCGAAACAAGUUGCUUUAUUGCAGUCUACCGUAGAAUUGCCGUUGAACAAUCCUACACUUUUUUCAGACUUUGGCAUCUCUCCUCCUCGUGGUAUACUUUUGCACGGGCCACCGGGGACAGGUAAGACCAUGCUCUUGAGAUGUGUUGCCAGCGAAACCAAUGCCCACAUUCUUACAAUCAAUGGACCCUCAAUAGUGUCCAAGUAUCUUGGAGAAACCGAAAAUGCCAUCAGAGACAUCUUUAUAGAAGCCCGUAAGUACCAACCGUCGAUUAUCUUUAUGGAUGAAAUAGACUCAUUGGUGCCCAGUAGAAACUCAGAUGAUAGUGGUGAAACGGAGUCUAGAGUUGUUGCUACUCUAUUGACGAUGAUGGACGGGAUGGGCGAUUCAGGUCGAAUUGUAGUUGUGGCCGCGACUAAUCGUCCCAAUUCCAUCGAUGCCGCCUUGCGAAGACCUGGAAGAUUUGAUCAAGAAGUAGAAAUCGGCAUUCCGGAUGUGGAUGCAAGGACGGACAUCUUGCUCAAGCAGUUUGCCAAGAUGAAUGCUUCCAAAUGUGAUUUAUCAGAAGACGAUAUCACCUUGGUAGCUUCUAAGACUCAUGGUUAUGUAGGGGCUGAUCUUACUGCGUUAUGCAGAGAAGCCGUCAUGAAGGCUAUUGGCCGUGGAUUGAAGGCUGGAAUCGCGCAGACUCAACUCAAGGUCAAUUUGCAAGACUUGACAGAAGCUUUGCCAGAAAUUAGGCCUUCAGCCAUGAGAGAAAUCUUCUUAGAAAUGCCCAAAGUAUUCUGGUCCGACAUUGGGGGUCAACAUGAGUUGAAACAGAAGCUCAUGGAAGUAGUGCAACUUCCACUAGAGGCUGCAGACAGUUUCAAAGCUCUUGGAGUGCUGGCUCCAAAAGGAGUUUUGCUCUACGGACCCCCUGGCUGUUCCAAGACGCUAACUGCUAAAGCUCUCGCAACCGAGUCAGGCUUGAACUUCUUGGCUGUAAAGGGUCCCGAGAUCUUCAAUAAGUAUGUUGGAGAAUCGGAACGGGCCAUCCGGGAAAUCUUCAGAAAAGCUAGAGCAGCCGCUCCGUCAAUCAUUUUCUUUGACGAAAUAGAUGCCAUUUCUGGAGAUCGUGAGUCGGCUUCAACUUCUGCUUCACAGCAUGUCUUAACUUCGUUGUUGAACGAAAUAGACGGUGUAGAAGAGUUGAAAGGGGUCGUCAUUGUAGCUGCUACCAAUAAACCAACAGAAAUUGAUCCAGCAUUGUUGAGACCCGGUAGACUAGACCGUCACAUAUAUGUGGCUCCUCCCGACUACGAGGCCCGUCUUCAGAUCUUGAAGAAUGGGUCUAAGAAGUUCAACAUCGUUCCCGAGGAUGUUGACUUGCUGGAGCUUGCUCUACUCACUGACGGAUGCUCUGGUGCAGAAGUAGCUCUUGUAUGCCAAGAAGCUGGUCUUGCGGCUGUAAUGGAGAGCAGAAAUGCCAGCACAGUCCAAAAGAAACAUUUCGAACAUGCUUUGAAGGGCAUUUCCAAGGGUAUCACUCUGGAUAUGAUUCGUUACUACGAGGAAUUCGCCAAUAGGGGAGGCUUGAAUGUGAAGACAUAAAAUACUACAAAUCAGACUACUCAGAGUAACGCUUUUGAAUACUAUUACAUCAAUUUCAUUAUCAGCGUACUUUCCAGCAUACUACUGCAUUAUUUGAACUUUAUAUUAGCAUUGAAUCACAAUUAUAACCUUAACAUUUACAUCGGAAUACAGAAUUAUCAUAG